CCCAGCAGUAUUCCCACCCUACAUGGGUCAGCUUUGGUAUGUCCCAUCUGAUAUCAUCUUUCCAUGCACAGGAGAAGAGACAUUUGGUCUUACCGUGAAAUCGGUCUUCUCUGUGCAUGUCAAAGAUGAUAUCAGGGCCACUCCCUAUGAGUGCUGGGCUGCCUUUAUAAGCACGGUUAGCCCUGGAGCAGAGAGUGUAUGAGUACUGUUGUCUUGUCUUGUUUGUGGCGUCUAUUGGCCUGAUUUCAUGGGCUUGUCAUUGGAAACUGAGCACGGAGCAGGCGCAGACCAGGAAUGGAGCUACAGUAAAAUGUCAGCAGUACUCUUUUGCCUUCAACCACUAGGUGGAGCUAGUUACCCAUCUGAUAUCAUCUUUGACAUGCACAGAGAAGACCGAUUUCACAGAAAGAAUAGGAUUUUUUUGGAGCCAACUCCAAUGAUGUGCACCCUGAGCUGGGGUUUCAAAGCCCUUUUUUUAAUGAUAUUAUGCAGAUUCACACAACUUUCCCUGGCUGAAGGAAAAGGUGAAAUUCUUCCUCCAACCAUACAGAAAAUAAUGAAAGGGUAUAACAAGUAUCUGCGGCCAUUUUUUAACAAUGGCCCUGUGUCAGUAGGAAUGAGUAUGGACAUAGCAAGCAUUGACACCAUAUCGGAAAUAAACAUGGAUUACACAGCUACUAUAUUCCUAAGACAACGAUGGACUGAUGAACGCCUUUGUUUUGAGGGUAAUAAGAGCUUAAGCUUAGAUGGCCGCCUUGUAAAAAUGCUUUGGGUACCAGACACGUUUAUAGUGGACUCAAAAAAGUCUUUUCUUCAUGAUAUCACUGUUGAAAACCGUCUAAUAAGAAUAUAUCCCAAUGGAACAGUCCUUUAUGCCCUAAGGAUAACGACAACAGUUGCCUGUAGUAUGGAUUUGACUAAAUACCCUAUGGACAAACAGACGUGUACCUUGCAACUGGAAAGCUGGGGUUAUAACACAAAUGAUAUCAUGUUUUACUGGACAAGAGGAAAUGAUUCAGUUAGAGGUAUGGAUACCCUUCGAUUGGCACAGUACACAGUAGAAGACCACUAUACUUCUGUAUCUGAAGCUGUCUAUGAAACAGGAUGCUAUCCAAAGUUAGUCUUCCAUUUUGAGCUCAAGAGAAACAUUCUGUAUUUUAUCCUUGAAACAUAUGUACCAUCCAGCUUAUUGGUUGUCCUCUCUUGGGUGUCGUUCUGGAUAAGCCAGUCAUCAGUGCCAGCCAGAAUCUGCAUAGGUGUUACAACAGUACUCACUAUGACAACACUUAUGAUGGGAGCCAGGGCAUCACUUCCUAAUGCUAACUGCUCUAUCAAGGCAAUUGAUGUCUACCUGGGUAUUUGCUUCAGUUUUAUCUUUGGUGCUUUACUGGAGUAUGCAGUAGCUCAUUUCUGUACUCUUAAUCGAUCUGGAAUGAAAAAACUCACAAAGGAGGAGGAGGAGGAGGCUGAAGAGGAGGUGAAUGGAGUCCUAUCAGCAAUCACCAACAGUUGCAAGGCUGAUCAGAUUAAUAAGGUUGACUCAGACAAGCUCACCAAAACCUCCAAUGGGAGAAAAGAAGAGAAAAAUAAACACAGCCUUUGUCAUUCACUCAUGACAGUGAUUAAAAGUCUCUUCUGUAUAUUUGACUGCUUCCACAUUAAAAACCCAUAUCACAUAGAUAAUUAUGCCCGGCUUUCCUUCCCAUUAUCAUUUAUCAUAAUAAAUGUUUUUUAUUGGGUUUAUUAUUUAUAUUUCUAAUAUUUUAAAAAUGUCUCAUGGAAUGGUGUGGUGAAUCAAGCAUGUGGAAAAACGCACUGAGUUUUGUCAGGGAAAAGCUUUUACUCUGCAGGGCAUUAGGAUAUCAAAAGAAGACGCAUUUUAUUGUAUUUCUGUUGAGUUUAUGCUUAAAUUACUGUCCAUCUGUUAGACUACUAUAGUAUAAAAUCUGUUUUUGAUCAUCUGUUAAAUGACUGUACUUAUUUUUAACUUGACCUCAUUUUUAGCAUGUAUGUUACUUUUGUUUGUAAUGUUUAAUGAAUGGCAGAACACUUUUUUAUCUACUUGUAAAUCUUUGUAAAAUGAAAUUGGCAUAACACUA